AGUGACGCCUAGUUGAUCCUGGAUAGAAAUGAAUGUGCUCAACAAAACUCAAACACCGAAAUCCCAUAAAGAUGGCAACAGUCAUUUACAACCAAAAAAGUAUACAAAAAAGGAAUUGGGAGAUCUGCACAAUGAAAUGGAGACUCGUAAUCACAUUAUUCCGAUUAAACGACUCUGCGAAAGACUCAAUACCCACGUGGACAAGGGUAUCACAAAUGAGGAAGCGAAAAAAAUCCUCGAGUCGAAAGGAUUUAAUAGUCUGACGCCACCCGCGAAAACGCCCGAGUACGUCAAAUUAUUCAUGUGCAUGUUCUCUGGCUUUGCUGCUCUACUCUGGUGUUGUGGAAUACUUUGUUUUUUAAUUUACCUAAUAGAAUAUUUCUACGAACAAACGGGCGACGGUAUCGAGUGGUUUGGCAUCAUUAUAAUAAUCAUUUGCAUGUUUUCCGGUAUUUUCGCUUACAUACAGGAGACCAAGAAUGCUAAAAUCAUGGAAUCGUUUACGCGGAUGGUGCCGCUUAUAGCUGUAGUAAUAAGGGGAGGGAAUAGGAUGCAAAUACCAGUUCAAAAUCUGGUGGUAGGCGACCUCAUCGAAAUAAAAAUGGGCGACAGGAUUCCGGCCGAUACAAGGAUCAUACAAUGUCAUGGUCUAGGAGUGGAAAAUUCCAGUAUAACAGGUGAGAGCGAACCACUAAUUUGCACGACCUAUCCGACCGAUGACAAUCUGCUCGAGUCCAGAAAUGUCGUCUUUUUCUCUUGCUAUGCCGUGGCAGGUCAAGGCAAAGGCAUAGUGAUUGCCACUGGCAAUAAUACGUUUAUCGGCCGUAUGGCCAGCUUGACCAGCAACAUGCCUAAAACCGAGACUCCCAUAGCUAAAGAAAUCCAUCAGUUCGUCAAUAUAUUAAUAAUCAUCGCCAUUGCCUGCGGAGUGUUCUUCUUUUUCAUGUCGCUGUUAAUCGAUGGCGACGUCGUAAGAGCCUUCACAUACUUCCUCGGCAUCAUCAUUGCCAAUGUGCCCGAAGUAUUGCUCAUUACCGUAACCACGAGUCUUACCAUCACUGCUAAGAAGAUGGCUUCGAAGAACUGUUUAGUGAAGAACCUCGAGUCCGUGGAAACACUGGGUUCCACCUCCAUUAUAUGCUCGGAUAAAACCGGGACCUUGACGCAGAAUAAGAUGACGGUGUCCAAUGUUUGGUUCGAUAAUACGCGUUACAAUGUACCGUUUGAUGCAUCGAUGGGCGUGGAGAGGGACAUCCUAAUGGAAAAGCCCGCCUUCAAUAUAUUCGUGAAAAAUGCCACGCUAUGUUUAAGAGCAGAAUUUAUGGAUAACUCAGAGUGUCAUUCUCAAUAUACUAUGAUUGAAGAUCGCAAGGUGUUUGGAGAUGCGUCGGAAACAGGUAUCCUCAAGUUCUGUGAGCACAUACAUCCGACGAAAAGCUUCAGAGAAGAGCAUCCCAAAGUUGCCGAGGUCCCCUUCAGUUCGGUGACUAAAUACCAAUUAUCUAUACAUAAAGAUAUGAAUGGUAUCCUUGUGAUAAUCAAAGGCGCUCCAGAAGUUAUAAUAGAUUUCUGCUCAAGGAUUCUGUCGAUCGAUGGCACAACAAGGCAGAUGACCAAGACAGAUUAUGAAUUAUCCAAGCAGGCCUGUACAGAAUUAGCUUUCAUGGGUCAAAGAGUCUUGGCCUACUGUGACUACGAGCUAUCAGCUUCAGAGUAUCCUUUAAAUUACGAAUUCAACACGAGUGAUCCAGAAAACUACAAUUUUCCGACGAAGGACUACAGAUUCGUGGGCUUUGUGAGCUUGUUGGAUCCUCCGAGACCAUUCGUUAACGAAGCCGUGUACAAAUGCCGCACAGCCGGCAUAAAAGUGAUAAUGGUGACGGGCGAUCAUCCAGUGACGGCCAUUGCAAUCGCCAGAAAAGUGGGAAUAAUCAGCGAAGGCAACGAGACCAGAUACGAGCAACUAAUGGACAUUGAUAGAAAUUACACGUCCAUGAACCAAAAUGAAGCCGUAGUGAUUACUGGAAAUGAAUUGCGCACAAUGAGCUCGAAUGAUUUGGACUAUGUCAUCAAAGUUCACGAGGAGAUUGUGUUCGCUCGAACCUCGCCGCAACAGAAAUUACUUAUCGUCGAAAGCUGCCAGAGACUAGGAGAGAUCGUUGCUGUUACGGGUGACGGAGUAAACGACUCUCCAGCCCUUAGGAAAGCCGACAUUGGAGUUGCAAUGGGCAUAACCGGCUCGGAUGUAGCGAAAAACGCCGCGGACAUGAUACUCCUCGAUGAUAAUUUCGCUUCAAUAGUGACGGGAGUGGAAGAAGGUAGACUGAUAUUCGACAACCUGAAGAAAUCCAUAGCUUACACGUUAACGUCCAGCGUUCCCGAAAUGUUGCCCAUGUUAACGAGCAUAUUAUUCUCAAUACCGUUGCCAUUUGUAAUCGAGCUCGUUUUGUGCGUUGACGUUGGCACGGAUCUAUUGCCGGCAAUAGCACUGGCCUACGAAAAAGCGGAAUCCGAUAUAAUGAGCCGAGCGCCCAGGAAUCCUCAAUAUGACAAGCUCGUUAAUAAAAGACUGAUAUCCAUGACGUACGGGCAAAUCGGCAUGACCCAAGCCAUGGCUGGCUUUUGUACUUAUUUCUGCAUCCUAAUGUUUCAUGGCUUCAUGCCGAAGGAUCUGUUUGGUACGCGGAAUGUAUGGGAGAACCAAGCGAUCGACGAUUUUAGAGACUCUUACGGGCAAACUUGGGAUUAUCAGAGCCGAAUGAACUUACUCAACGAGGCGAGAACUGGGUAUUUUUUGUCAAUUGUUAUUACCCAGAUGGUAGACUUAUUGAUGUGUAAGACGAGAAGGAAUUCGAUUUUUCAGCAGGGAAUGGGAAACUGGGUCUUAAAUUUUGCGUUCAUCUUCGAAAUCAUAUUGACUGGCAUUUUAUUGUAUACGCCAGGGACGGAGAAGGUUUUAAAGACAAUGCCUCUGGAUUUAUUUUGGUACUGGCCCUGUCUGCCUCUCGGAUGCUUUUUGUGGAUAUAUGAUGAAAUGAGGAGAUGGUGGAUAAGAGAGCAUCCCGGAGGUUUUCUAGAAAAGGAAACGUAUUAUUAAAACUUUGUUUUAGCAUUAGAUUACGAGGCUUAAUGCGAAUACGUGGGCAACAAACUGGCUUGUG